AUGUUCAAGUCAAUAACAAAUUUAUUUGGUCCUCCUUCACCGAUAUUGAAUGAACCAACCAUUGACUAUAAUCACACCAUAAAUUCUAUUAAUUUGAAUGACUCCACCACUAAUUCAUCAUACCGUUAUUCUCCAAAAGUAUAUCAGGAACCUCAAUUCAAUCGAUCCAGAUCUAGUUCUGUCCCAAGAGAUAGAUUUAUACCCGAUAUAAAUGACAGUUUAUUCAACAAAUAUGACAAACAACUAGAUUCGGAUAUUAAAUAUGAUAAUUUGACUUCAGAAAAUGAUUAUUCUCGUCCAAUAUCUGAGUAUACUGACAGAUUCAGAAGAAUUGAUAGACUUAAACCACUCAAUGAACCACGGAUUGUGGGAGACAAACCUUAUAAUAUUGAUUCAAAUUAUGAACCUUCGUCCAGAUUCGGAGGUUCAAAUUAUAGCAUUAACUCAAAUAUGGGGGUUACAAAUAAAGAUGAUUUUAGUAGAAGAUCACCAAUCCCUCGAGUGAAUACUUCCAGAUUCGAACAACCAGACAUACCUAAACCUAGAUAUCAAUCAUCUAGAUUCGAAACUCCAAUAUAUGACAAUUCCAUGCAUGACAGACCAAAAUCUGAAUCAAAUAUAUCGAGGCUUGAACCUAGAUUCGAGCCAUUGUCUAGAAUCGAUAGAAUUCCCAAGCUCGACUACCAAAAUUCAAUACCUGAAAAGCCUCGAAUCAACUCCACAUAUAAGGAUGAUUUCAAGAUCCCUUCGAGAUACGACCAUAACCCCAUAAAGAUUUACCAAGAUGUCCCACCAGUAUCGGUCAAAGAAGAUUACAAGAUAAAACAAUUUGAUUUGAAAUUUCUUUCGGAACUUAACCAAAAGGUGGAGAAUAACAAUAAAUUUCUUGAAAAGUUAAAUGAUUUAGUUGAUUGUAAAAAAGAAGCAGAGGAAGACGAUGAUAAUGUAAAAUAUAACGAAUUAAGAAGUCAGUAUAUCAAAGAGUUGAAGACGUACCAAGAAUUCUAUGAAAACUAUAUAACGAUGUUCCAAGAAUUCAAGGAUCUUAAAGAUAGAAAUAGGAAAGUGUUGACAAAAAUAAGACUCAUUAAAAACACUACUGAUGAUAAUUCUAUUAAAUUAAUAUGUAAUAAUAUUUUAGAUGAUUUAAGACAAUAA